AUGUUCCCCAAAUCCCUGGCAACUCAGCUACGCGGCCCCUCCUAUGCCCUGCUCGCAAUGUUGAGCGUCUGCCUCGUCCUGAAUUUAGGCACCCUCGUCUUCUCCUUGCGCAUCUUAGCGCGUGGAACGCGUGAAUACACCUACCUGGCCGGCGACCGACCUCGCGAGCUCCCCAUAAAGGUCCGCAAUAUUCAAGCCGCCUUCCACGACGACCCCUCUCACUACGGGAUGGAAGGCAUCCCCGCCUGGGCUGAAUGGAACGCCAUGCGCCCUCCCGGCAAGGGCUUUGUUUUUCUAGGCCAAGAGCACUUUGCAUUUGGCGUGUCUAUGUGGCACCAGCUGCACUGCCUUAAUCACAUACGCGCGGUGCUUGUCAACGGGGAUGACGGGUCGGAUCAUACAGCGCACUGCUUUCAUUACCUGCGACAGGGCAUUCUCUGCGCUGCUGACACAACCCUGGAGCCGGGCGGCACGGGCAUGAUAGUGGCUAAUGGGGAGAAAAUUGCUGCGGGCGUAGAUGCUGUGCAUACCUGCCGGGACUGGAGACAGGUGCAUGAUUGGAUGGGCAGCCAGCAUGAGAAGUGGACGCCGGACAUGUAUGAGCGGUUUAAGGAGGCUAGUUGA